AUGGAGGAUUUCGAAAUAUCUGAAAUUGAUAUUAAACAAAGACCAUCUUCAGUACUUCCAAGAUCGAUCAAGGUCGGUCCGGAGGUGGCUACAACUCCGUUGCCGCAGGGAAAACAGUCCGCUGCAGUACAAGAAAAGUGGAACGGCUUCGUAGAAUCGUCCACUCUGCAUGGCUUGCAGCACGUAUUUGGCGGUCGAACUCUGGCCCGCAGAGUUAUAUGGGCCUUGUUUCUUCUCCUCGGUAUCGGCUGGUUCUCGCUGCAGACACAAAAGUUGUUAACGAAGUACUUCAGCUAUCCCGUGACGACAAAAGUAACCUUGGUUUACGAAGAAAACCCCGAGUUUCCAGCGGUCAGCAUCUGCAACUUUAACAUGUUUCGAAGAUCUGUGGUCCGAGAAGCAGGCUACGAGAAGGUAUGAAAGUUUACCACACAACUUGUAGCCUUUUUUUAAUUUUUAUUUUACGGUCGGGUCAUAGUGUGUUAUGUCCAUGCUUGAGACGAUAUCUUUACCCCUUGAGUAGAAAAGGGUGGCAAAAAAACUGUCGAGGAAACUUGAGAGAUUGCCUAAGUAGAGGGUUUCUCGUGAUGGACAGCGCAGCACCCCUAUCUAGGAGAAAGAGGAAAACUUCUAGUAGCUUGCUAUCGAAUCCAGGGGUGUGGAAUAGCUAGGUCGCAACGUUUAGCCUCUUUACGGUCGAGGACUGAGCUAAACAUCUACCGUCUACCGACAUAUCUUACUGUAUUAAUAUGUAUUCUUAUUGUAUUAAUCUUUAUUCUUGUAUGGGACUUUUGACAAAGCUUAUCCUUGCAGAAUUCUGAGUGCAAACGCUUAAAAAAUCUUUAAGUUCGCCUUCGCAUUAUCUGUAGGUGAUUGCAUAAUAAAGCAUCUAAUGAAGAAAUUGAAUCCACAGAUUUCUUUUACACGCUCACGAUAAUUUUUUCAACACGUUUCUUGAUUAGAUUCUGAAUUACGUGCUAAGGAAAGCGAGUGGAAUUGACGUCUCUGGCGAAACCAUCAACUGGGAAUUGUACGAAAGUAUAAACCUGACUGAAUUUCAUUUUGCCAUGGGACAUCAAAUAUACAACACCUUACAUCAGUGCUAUUGGGACGGAGGACUUUGCACAUAUGAGAAUUUUACACCUGUUUUGACUUCCAUGGGUCUUUGUUACACAUUUAAUUCAGGUAAGGUUGACAAAGUUAUCACGAAAAGUAAGAGGAAUCAUUCAUCAUAUUUGAGCACGAUGAAAAUCAUUUUGACGAAGGAUCCAAAAUCAUAUUUUUUAGAAGAGUAAAAAUCGUUAAGAUGCGAAAAGGAGUCUGAGAUGGUCCGGGAAAAGGAAUAUUGAAGCUAGUUUGAAAUAGUAGUCUUAGAGAAUUUUGGUUUUUUUAACGAUCCAGAGACGUUGCCGGGCUGAGGAAAACAUGAAAAAGAGACUUUGAUUUGAAGCAUUUACUUUAAAAUAACUUUCGUGAUCUCGCCCAUUUUCUUUCCUGUAGCAAAUUCCUCUUUCUUAAUGGGAAGUUUUUUUGUAAGAUAAGCUUUAAUUGUAAUGAGUUUGAAAUAAAGGAAAGUUAAUUAAACCAAAACAUAUAAUUUUCAACAUAUGUGCAUCUUGCUGAUAAGUGAAAGGCAGCACAGCAGUAAAAAACCUAGAGUGAAAAAUGUGCCUGGGCUCUGUUCCAACCCCAAAUCUUCUUAAGCUAAAACGUAAAAUGUUAAUUUAAAGUUAAAGCCAUUCCUUUCGUUAACUAAAUAAAUAAGCACUUGUCAAUUUUUUUCAAAGACUACAAAUUACACUCGCCCUACGGGUUCAUGCAAUUCUGUUAGUCUUUGAAAAAAUUUACUCGUGCUUAUUUAUUCCAAAUUGUACUCGAAAUCAUAUAUACAAAGUCUGACUCAGGAAGAAAUGGAAUUUUUGGCCAUCGUGACUUAAAAGUUGCGGCUUCUCACAGUUACAGCACUUCGUUGAUGAAAAGGAAAUUACCAAUUUUCUUCUGAACAGUGUUUUUCAGUCAGAGUUAAUCUUUGUUAUUUUUUAAUUAUGUUUAGUUUCAUUAGUUUCGCAGUUUUCUUUCAACAUCAAAUAAAGGAAGCAAAAGCUCUCGUUCUCUGAUAAACAUUAUUUAUUUACCACUCAUUCCUGCUGGGCUGAUUAAUUUGCUCCGGUCAUCUUUCACUUUUUUCAAAACAAUGAAAUUAUAACUUUGGUUUUGGUUUAUGAAAUUCGAACAAAAAACCCUUUAAUGCAAUCAUUUUUUCUGCCUUGCUUGCUAACAUUUGGCUCCUUUGCAAUAGUCAGUUACAUCCAAGUUGAAUUACAAAAGGAAUAGUAAAAUUACGAACUUGAAGCAGAAGCAAUAUUUUGUAGCGAUGACCUUUUGGAGUAUGCACAUUCUGGGUCUAUACCGUCGGUUGGUCUUCACACUUUUUAAUUUCCGGCAGCUAGAAUGUGACUCUUUCAGAAGUGCUGAUAGUUAUCUAGAAUUUAGACGCAAUAUUCUUGCAUAUCGAUCUUACUAAUUAAUACCCAGUCCAUCAUGAUUUGACAAUUAUUCGCCGGAGUGGAGGUAAAUAAUUAUUUUAGCUGUAUGUAACACUGAGAAAUCGAAAACAAUUAGUUUAUUUCUGUCAAUAUAACAAAACACGGACGGAAAUUAAGUCGUUGACGCGCGCUCUUGUCUCUUCGGCCGCUCAGAGGUGAAUGGUAUGAGUUGAUCACUUCCGAACCAGCCAAUCAACGCACGCGAUCAGCAUUUUUCACCUGUGUGGAAUAUGCUAAACAUUAAUAUCUCUCACAGAAAAUUAUUAUAUCGAUCAUUGUUUUUUCGUUUUAUAUUGAUUUUAGCUCUGUUCAGCUACUCUCAAACUCGAGAUAAAAUAAAGUUUAUGCGUCUAUCAAUGUAUUCCUAAACUUUGUAAUUUAUCGGUUAGAGUCUUGCUGGGGCUCUGACCGAUAUUACCGUGUCCGUGAAUAACAUUAAAGACAGAAAAUUCAAUCUGCCACUUCUUUUUUUCUAUAAUUAGGCAAAGAUGGUCAGCCAAUUUUGAGGGUGAGACAGGCUGGGUCGGACUUUGCACUCCACCUGAUGUUGGACGUGCAGCAGUGGGAUUAUGGCGCGUUAGGUUCACGUGCAGGUCUCAUGGUAUUCAUUCAUGAUCACGAAACACCACCCCUGGUGGCGCAACUUGGUUUCGCAGUGGGGCCUGGAACGAGCACCUUUGCGGCAAUUAACAAACAGAAGGUAAUUGAGAUAGAUAAUUUUAAAUGUUUAAUUGCAGUAGAUAUAAUCAAGUGGCGAUACUAAAAGGAAAGAACAACAACAACAACAACCGACCCACGCGUGUAGGCUCAUGAAAAUAUUGAAAUCGUUUCGUAAAAUGCAUCGUGAUUUGAAAACAAUUUAAUGGUUUAAAUUUUAAGGACCAAAGACCGUUUUCAUUUUUCGUAUUUUAUUAAAGUGAGAGAAAGGAUGGGCGAUAUCUUUAAUAAACUUCAUACGCAUAUGCGAAUAGAGUUGUUUAGAAGCUUUCUCAAUUGUUGGUACUAUUUUUUUGCAAGACUAUUAGCCUUCCAGACCCAUAUGAGAGCAAUUGCCUGGACAAAAACGACAGCAAGGUACCUGGUUACAAGACAUACACAAUUCUUGGUUGUCUGUUGAUGUGUCAAACAAAAUAUAUAAUUGAAAAAUGUGGCUGUCGGGAUGUUGGAAUGCCUGGUGAGUGAAACUGAGCUGAUAAUCAACAUUUCGACCUUGCUUAGUUCGUUUAUUUUUAUUUAAAAAAAAAUUACAAAAAUUGCAUCAACCCUGUAUCUAGAUCCCAUGAGUAACUAAGGCAGGAUUUCUCCUUACAAUACCAAUACAAUAUCAAGCAGAUAAAUGAUGAAAAUAAAGAAAACAUAAAUUGGAGGACUAUUAGUUGAUCCAAUACCAAAUUCUCUUAACUAACAUAAUAAGAACUGUAUGGCAGACAGUAAGGAGAAUUACUAAUAAGAUCUUGGGGGUGAAAGGGUUACGUGAGCUGUAAUGUUGUCUAGACAGUAAGAAAAAAUAUUUCUUCUGAGGUCUCUUUUCUCUUGGAACUUUUCGUGUCUGGGUGUUCAGCGCAAUUUCCCACGAUGCAACUGUUAAACGUUGUGUGAUGAAAUUGUCUCUUGAGUGGCUGCUGGAUUAACUCAAUCUAAUUACCUGUUUGAUUGAUAAUUUGAUUGCUUUGAUUGACAGCAAUUAACGACACCAGAAUGUGUAAAGCACUGGAUUUAUCAGAUUGUGUGCUUAGAGAAAAAGGUGAAUCUUUCUUUACAGAUUUGUUUUUUUUCCUUAUUGUUUGUUUGUUUGAGUACACAGGUAUUUACGAGUUGGUAAACAGCAGUUUUUUUUAUGAAAUAUUUGGUGGAGGACUUGCUAACAGUUUGCACUAGUUGUGCGUUUAUUAAUAUUCCAGAAAACAGUGUAGACUAGAUCAAGAUGUCGGUUUGUGUUCUAAAAUUUCAACUUCGUUUAAAGAUCAAAAUAUGGAAAUUUGUUUACAAGAAACCCAAACGGGAAGAUCUAACAGCACUUGUCCUUCUCCUAUCUAAACAAUGGCCUCCACAUACUCGGUCAUUUGCCCACGGACAUGAUCUGUUCUGAGAAGCGUACAGGAGCAGAUGUUGGAUGCUGGAAGGAACAGAUAAUGUCCAAGGUUAAAUAUGAGAAAAAGUAUCCCAGCGCUCUUUUACAUCAUAUCAAGCACGCGAACGCACUUGUUAAGAGAAAUUUUUACCUCAUCAGAAAGUUGUUGCCAUAUUAAUGCCUCAAAGAACGCAGGAUGAAGGGAUUGAAUUACUUCAUCCGGCGUUCUCUGAGUAUACUUCGAAUGGUAUUCCUUUAGUUUCUCUCUCAAUGGAAACUUGCUAGCGAUUUUUUGUUCAUCUUCGAAGGCCAUUUACUACAAGUAACGAGACGAGUAUGAUUUCAGUCAUCCAUCACAAUAAAGCCUGCAAUUGUUUCUUUCGACAAUUAUGCUCGUGGAGUAAGAGAAUAUUUUUAAAACGGUCAGCGUGUCAUUUGACACGGUUAACGUGCCGCUUUACUAAUUUGAACUAAAUGCCCUCUUGCAAGCUGGCGUGAGAUUUAAAAAAAAAAAAAAACAGCUGUGUAAUUGGACACACUGCGUAGGAGCCGCCGUUUCUUUUCACUCACUGCCUUCCGGUUUCACAUGCUUUACCGUGCGCGUGCGUUCACCUUAUUACAUAUUUUCCAGCAGAUGGUAACAUUUAUAAACCUUUCCGUGAAUUCCAGGAAAUUUCCGGAAACUAAAAGAUCAGCAAUGCGAGUGUCCAGUGCCUUGUAGUACGACCUCAUUCAGGCCUAUCCUGUCAUAUGCUGCUUUUCCAAGUGAUGAAUACAUCAAACAAUCACAUGAAUUAUAUGAGAUGUACGGCUCCAACACGUCAGAGGCUAGUCUUGACUUUAUCCAAGGAUACAUGAGGUUUGUGUCAUUAAUGAGUCCAGGAAAGAUAAAAUAACAGGACUUGAGAGAAAACAUUAUAUACGAAAAAGGAUGAUUAAUUUGUUAUCACUUUGUCGAGCAUUGUGGCGCAUUUUGCGGGCUAAAUUGGAGAUUCUGGUGGGCUAAAAUGUAUCUUAGCCCACUCGCACGCUCGCGUGAUUGUUCAGACUGUUUUGUUGUCAUUUGUUCUGUUUUUUAUUUUCUCAAUGCCCUCCAAAGUGAUGACAAUAAUAAUACAUUUUAUUUUCUUAAGCAUGAAAUAUGUUUUGGUCCCCUCUCAGAGUCAUUUUAAUCUUCAGCUGGAGGCUCGCCGCUAAAAUGACUCAGAGGUGGAUCCGAAACAUAUUUAUGUCUACGAUUAUAAACUAUGUUUUCAAGGAGAGUUAAAAGCACAUUCUCCCAAACUUGGUGCGUGGGAAGUUUCGGACGCAUUCUCUAUUUUAAUGAUAAGUUCGCUUUUGUUAACUCCAUAGCCAGAACAUGUUGGAACUUGUGAUUUAUUUUGAAGAAUUAAGUUAUCAUGUCAUUGAACAGACACCAGCCUAUGAUUCCGAAAGCCUUUUUGGUAAGUGAGUUCAAUAAUUAGAAUAGGAAUGCUUUGUUUGAAAAUUUAAUAUCCACAAGGUUAUUAACCCAAACUAGACAUGAUAAUAUACCUCUACUAGGACGACGGAAACUGUGUUAAGUUUGAAAUUUUUGUAUUUUUUUCCAAUAUGUAACAAUAUGUAUCAAUAUGUUUCAAUGUGUUGGAAACCCAAAAUUUCCGAUUGCAGACAUGUAUGCUUUCUGGGGAGCUAAGGAACUUUAUAUCUACUGCGACGUGUGAAAAAUUUCCUUAAACAUAGAUAAGAACCUGGUAUAUAUUUCUUUGGUAGUAGACUGAGAAAGUGUGAUGACGGUCACGAAUGACAGAAAUUGUCAAAGAUGGAAAACUGCAAACUAUAAUAAGAUCCAGGCUGAUUUUUUCAACAUGGUCGAACAGCGAAACAUCUUCUUUAAAACUGGUGAAUUAAAGACGACACCUUGAAAACAACAAAAAAAUGAAAUUACUUCACCAUGAGGAGAUUCUGGGUAAGUGUAACAUUAACUUUAUCUUUUUCACAGCCGAAAUCGGUGGUCAAGUCGGGCUUUGUGUCGGUGCCAGUCUUCUUACCGUGCUUGAAUUUUGUGACGUCAUAAUCGCCAUCAUUGGAAUAUGCUUUGGAUUCCGCUAAGCAUGCGCAAAGGUGUAAAGUUGGAUGUGUGAAGAAUCCCAAUAAUGGUAAUUUUAAGUUAUAUAGAAUAAUUCAAACUUUGAAAUGUAAUAGCGUCAUCACAUUACAUGGUUCUGAAAGUCAAGUUUAUAUUGCAGACAUGACGCAGGC